AAUAGGCUAGGGUUCUUUGCUCAUGUGUACACAUGUAUUUUAAUGCUAAUUAAGCUCUAGCAUAAUAUUAGUUGUGUAAAAAAAAUUCGUAAACACGUGCGGCAUAUUUGCUAGUUUAGUUAAAGUUGAGAGUGUUCGACUUCUGGCGAGAAUUAGGGAUGGAGAGAGUGUAUAGUUACAACAUACUGAUGCACAAAGAAAGGUUUUACUUGAGGAGGUAGCUAGCAUAAGCAGCGGACAUGUCGUCGCCGGCAAGUGGACUGCAACUCCGAGGCUCCAAAGUCCAAAAAGAGCCAGGGGCGAUGGAACAUCUACGUACCAGUGCCAGGCAUAUCUGCCUCUGAAGCAGCAUCUGAAUCGACGCCUCCGCUUGUAGAGCUCGUUUUGUCCUUGGCAUUCCUGAUGGGCACUGGAGGACGACGACGAACUCAACCGUACUAGCUAUCAAUGUUGCGGAGCCUCGUCAGCUCCACCAGGGAGCAAACUCAUACUCUGCAACCUGACAAAUUGACUCGCUCUCGCUUGCCUCGGCACCAGUGAGCUGAGCUAGGCAGCUAGCUGAUUGCAGGCCCCAUAAAAGACUUGCCUUGUGGUACUUGAAUGAAAGCUCCUCACGCUCAUUGCAGCAAGAUCGAGCAGUCUUCCCUUCAUAUCUCACAACCAUACAUCCCAUAUACAGGUCGGUCUCCACGUACGUCUGGUACUCAAUUUCCAGGCCUUCUGAUCCCAUCAGGUGCUAUAUAUCCCUGCAGGGAAACAAUGGGGACUUGCAAGGGACUGUCUGACUUUUGGCAAGGAUCAAGAACACCAUCAAUGGAGUUCAACGACAAAUCUAGUUCUAACUUUGAGGAUUUCCAAAGCAACAUGUCGGUUCUAUGCCUUCGUUGAUCCAGCCGAUCAGUCAAAUGUUUUGGAGUCAUUUUAGCACCAACCAAGAUCCAUGCAUCAUUAUCCUACUGUAUCAAAUACUUUUAGCGAUAGUGACCAUAUUACAUUAAGCACCUCCUAUUCGAGUACAAUAGAUGGUCCUCAAUUCAGUGACCUCAGUAGCAAUGCGGCACCAGAUUGGUAUGGAACCAGUGUGGCAGACUCUUCUAAUAACAGCUGGACCAACUCAGAUAUAACCAUCAACUACUUAAACAAGCUGUUGAUGGACGAGGACGAUGAUGACAAGGUAAAGUUACAUCAUGGAGAGUGCGCCGUUAGAGCUAUGGAAGAGCCUUUCUAUAGAAUUCUUGGACAAAAUAAUCCAGCUUAUCCUGAGUCACCAUCACUUUGUAGCUGCGGUCAUCUGAAUAACCUCAAUGACAGCGUCAACAAGUCUUCCGAGCUCUCAUGCAGUAGCUGCUGUGUUGCUAUUGACUCAAGUAAAAAUCAUUCUAAUCACAACUUGCAAGCUUUUGAAGCUCCAUGGAGUUUGACUGACAUAGUCGAAGAGAGAAGACAUUCCACUGAAGGUACACAAAACAUGGAGCUUGGUGUGAAAAUUGAUGGCCUCUCAAUUGCUGAAAAGCGUCGCCGAGAUAAUCAUUCAUUUCAGGUAAAUGCUGCAGAUACGAGCAAGCAUGCAUCAUCUGAGGUUCACAGUGGAUAUUACCCAUGUACAGAAGAUUCUUAUUUGUCAGAAGCAAGUAGUAGCAAGCAUGUUGCCUAUUCAUUCAAUGGGCCAAUCCGAGAUGAGAUGUUUGACAGGGUUCUACUCUUCGCUGAGCAUAAACCUACAGAUGAAGCUAUUGUUUUGCAACAAAUGAUGACGAACAAAUCAACUGAACAUUCACAGAAUGAACAAGGAAGAACAUCAGCUCAGUGGAGGACACGAGGUAAGAAGCAACAGAAGAAAGAGGUGGUGGAUCUAAGAACUAUUCUUAUCCAUUGUGCACAAGCAGUAUCUGUGAAUAACCAUACCUUAGCAAAUGACAUGCUGAACAUAAUAAGGCAUCAUUCCUCAAUAACUGGGGAUGAUACCCAGAGGCUAGCAUUUUAUCUAGUGGACUGCCUUGAGGUGCGAUUAGCUGGAACUGGGAGUCAGCUGUAUCGCAAAUUGCUCACUAAAAUCUGCAAUCCAAUGGGAAUUUUAAAGGUUUUCCAAUUGACUUUAGCGGUAAAUCCUUUACCGAGGGCAUCAUUUUAUUUUGCAAAUAAGACAAUCCUUGAUGUCUCGAAGGGAAAAUCUAAGGUGCACAUUAUCGAUUUUGGAAUUUACUUUGGUUUUCAAUGGCCAUCACUGUUUGAGCAACUCGCAAAGAGGGAAGAUGGGCCACCCAAGGUUCGGAUCACAGGUAUUGAGCUACCAAAGCAAGGAUUUCGACCAAAUCAAAUGAAUAAGCAGAACACGGGACAGCGAUUAGCUGAUUAUGCUAGCAUGUUCAAUGUGCCUUUUGAAUAUCAAGCAAUAUCAUCGAAGUGGGAAACCAUAUGUAUAGAAGAUCUCAACAUUGAGGAAGAUGAUGUGCUGAUAGUCAACUGCAUAUACCGAAUGAAGAGUGUGGGUGACGAGACAAUAUCCAUAAACAGUGCAAGGAAUAGGGUUCUCAAUACCAUUAGAAUGAUGAAGCCAAAAGUUUUUGUGCACGGAAUAGUGAAUGGAUCAUACAGUACCCCCUUCUUUUUAACACGUUUUAAAGAAGUCAUGUACCACUACUCUGCAUUAUUUGAUAUCUUCGAUAAAACUGUUCCACGAGAUCAUGAGACAAGAAUGCUCAUAGAGAGAGGCAUCUUUCAGUGCCAACUUCUCAAUGUCAUCGCAUGUGAAGGAUCCGAAAGGAUUGAGAGGCCAGAGAAUUAUAAGAAAUGGAAGUCAAGAAACCUGAAUGCUGGCCUUGAGCAGCUCCCACUGAAUCCAGACAUUGUGAAAGUAAUAAGAGAAAUGGUGGGAAAAUAUCACAAAGAUUAUGUUAUCAACGAAGAUGAUCACUGGCUACUACUGGGAUGGAAGGGAAGGAUACUGAAUGCAAUAUCCACAUGGAAACCUAGCGAGUCAUAUGAUGGCGACAAGACUUAA